CUGGCGUCUCACUGCCCCUUCUCCCCUGCCAGGAGCUCGAGGCCAUGAGCCGAUACACCAGCCCGGUGAACCCGGCCGUGUUCCCGCACCUCACCGUGGUGCUGCUGGCCAUUGGCAUGUUCUUCACCGCCUGGUUCUUCGUUUAUGAAGUGACUUCCACCAAGUACACACGGGACAUCUACAAGGAACUGCUUAUCUCCCUAGUGGCUUCGCUUUUCAUGGGCUUUGGAGUUCUCUUCUUGCUGUUGUGGGUCGGUAUCUAUGUGUGACACGAAACCAGGGAACUGCUCUAGAUUCCAAGUGGAAGGCCUCACAGAAGCUCCUCCUUUUUCUAUUUUUGUACUUUAAGGCUAUGGCCCAUCGCAGACGCAGACUGUGUGUCCUGCCAAGUGAUUGCAGCCCAGUGCAUCGCCUCAAGCCUGAAUAAAACUGGUUCUGUGAUGUAGCAAA